AUUGUUCUUGUUGUGUUGUCUUUUUAAUUAAAUUUCAAAUUAAAGUGUUUAUUCAACAUAUUGUUCGAAUUAAUUUUUAGCUUCAAAUUUAUCUCGUGAAAUUAGUUAUAGUUUAAUUCAUUGUUUUAUAUAUUUUGAUCCACGAAAGGAGAGAAAAAGUAUGGAAAAUUCGUUGUAAAAACGAAGGGUUUGCUCUGACUGGAUUAACCGGAUCUGAUCUCAGAUAAUUGGAGGACAGGAAAACACGUUUCAGUCUCUAGAAGAAAUGGCUCAGAGCAGUAGCAAUGGUCAAGAUAAAAGCAGCAACACAUAUGAAGCUCUAAACAAAAUAGGGAGAGGUGCGUAUGGAACAGUCUACAAAGCAAGAGACAAACAAACCGGUCAAGAGGUUGCCUUGAAAAAAGUGUGCAUUCCUCUAAGUGAAGAUGGUAUCCCAAUGAACACUUUGAGAGAAAUUGCUUUACUCAAGCAACUCAAUGCCUAUGACCACCCAAAUAUUGUAAAACUUUUGGAUAUUUGUCAUGGACAACAAAUUGGAAAAGACUUAAUGAUGUUUCUGGUUUUUGAACAUGUUGAGCAGGAUUUGGCUAUGUAUAUCGAGAAACAUACAAAAGGAUUUAAAACUACAGAAAUUAGAAAUCUUUCUAAACAAAUUGUGCAUGGAGUCGAUUUUCUGCACAGCAACAGAAUUGUCCAUAGGGAUUUGAAGCCGCAAAAUUUAUUGGUGACUAGUGAUGGGCACAUCAAACUAGCUGAUUUUGGUUUGGCUAAAACCUAUGAUUUUGAAAUGAAGCUCACAUCAGUGGUAGUCACAUUAUGGUACAGAUCCCCAGAGAUACUCUUAGGCCUACCGUAUUCCACAGCAGUAGAUAUUUGGUCCAUAGGAUGCAUAAUUGUUGAAUUAUUCACCAGAAAGCCUUUAUUUUGUGGAAAAUCUGAAAACGAGCAAUUAAAUGAAAUUUUGAGGGUUCUUGGAAAACCUCCAAAAGACGAAUGGCCAGCUAAAAACGCACCAAUAAAAUGGAGUUCAUUCGAUAUAAACGAAAAAGUUGAUAUUAAAUCCAUUGCACCAAGUAUGUGUGAAAAUGUUUUGUCAUUAGUGAUGAAUAUGCUAACAUUUGACCCAAACAAAAGAAUAACCGCCCUAGAAGCUUUAAAUCAUGAAUAUUUUUUGGAGGAACCAAUUAAUACUUAAAUAAAUGCACAAUGUUAUUUGAACUUAAAUUUUACCAAAUAAGUUGCCUUUUUUAAAACCUCAGUACCGAUACAUUGUUCCUUAUGUUAUCUAUAUUUUUUGCUUGAAUUCAUUCUUAAGUUAAGUUGCAUGGAAAAAGGAGUGGAUGUUUUAUUUUAGGACAAAUUUUUAUAAUGUUUUUUUUUUAAUGUUGUUCUGUCUCUUCAAAAUAUGUAAGUAAUGUUUAUUUUUAAAUUUUCUGUUUUUAAACUGUUUUAUAUUAUUGUGUCUUAAAAAUUCUUAUGUGUUUUUUGCAUUAUUUGUGCCUUUUCAGGUUACAUUAUCAAUUAUUUUCAUCUAACUUAAAAACAAAAUUGUCUUGCUUUUGAAUAGGUACACAAAUUUACAAAUUAAUGGUUCUAGACUAGAUUAAUUUUUAUUCAUAUAAUAUAAAUAUAGUAAUAAAUUGAUAUGUAUUCCAAUUUAAUGUUUAUUUUUGUAGGCUUUUACUGGCCUGUGAUCUUUAAAAUUUAGUUAGAU